ACCAAGUCACCAGUUCGGUCUCUUCCCCACCCAGGCACCCGGCUCGUCUGGAAACAUGGCGCUGCCACGCCACCGCCGCUCGCCGCCGGCGCUUCCAGACCACCUCCUCGAGGAAAUCUUCUCUCGCCUCCCUCCCAGCGAACCCUCAUGCCUCCUCCGCGCCUGCCUCGUCUGCAAGCACUGGCGCGACAUCAUCUCCGCCCCCAGCUUCCUCCGCCACCUCCACGCGCACCGCCGGGCACCCAAGAUGCUAGGGUUCCUCCAGCACUCGGAAGGUGAUGAGUAUCUCCCCGUCUACGUGCCCACCUCCCCCUACUCCUUCCCCGUCCCCGACCCCCCCGCCUGGCACGUCCUCGGUUACCGGCACGGCCGCGCCGUAUUCGUCUCCGAGACUACCGACCGGGAGCUCCUCGUCUGGGAGCCGUUCACAGGCAACCGGUGGAGCGUGCCGGUACCCACGGAACUCAACAUCGGGCACUCCAACGCCACCGUGCUCUGUGCGGCGGAGGGGUGCGACCAUCUCAACUGCCACGGGGGGCCCUUCCGCAUUGUCUUGGUGUUCACCAGCCCCUUCGACGAGGAAACAGAGUGGGUCACGUCGGCGUGCCAAUACUCGUCGGAGACCGGCGCCUGGGGUGAGGUGGCCUUGGCCUGGCCCUGGUGCGAUGGCUUUUCCUUGCUCUGUGAGAAUCCUGGCCUGCUCGUGGGGAAUUCUCUGCUCUACUUCCUGUUCCUUGAUGGGCACAUCCUCGAGUACAACUUGGCUGAGCAUGUCCUCAAUGUGAUCGACCCACCGGAACCGGACAUUGAUGCUGCAUUCUCGCAGAGAGUUAUGCUGGUUCAGGCGGAGGAUGGUGGGCUGGGAAUUGCUAAAGCUGAUGACGAUGGGUGGAAUCAUCUCUACCUCUGGUCAAGGAAGGUCAGUGAAGGAGGUGAUGCAGAAUGGGUGGAGUGCCCGUUCAUGUACCUCGGCGAUUCGCUUCCAUUUGCUGCUAGGUCGUCGUCCUCAAGAAUAACAGUGUUUCUGAUGGGCUUUGUCGAGGGAGUGAAUACCAUUUUGGUGAGCACGGAUGAUGGCUUCUUUUCAAUCGAGCUCCAGUCCAAGCGGGGGAGGAAGAUGUGCAAGGACUACCCUUUGGUUCCAGUUGUCAGCUCCUACUCUACACUCCGGGUACCUCAAGUUGAUCACGAUGGCCUGGGCUCUCCGGACUUCAAUGGUGAGUCAGAUGAUGAGGAGUGGGAGUGGGAAGCACUAAGGCAGGCAGAGUCGCUGUUUUACAGUGGGUCCAGGGCCAUCAAGGAGGGGGACUUUGUUGCCGCUGUUGAUUGCCUCAGCCGCGUCCUGGCGAUCAGGGUUGCACAUUAUGGUGAACUUGCUCCGGAAUGUGCUAGCGUGUAUUACAAAUAUGGACGUGCCUUCCUAUGGAAAGCUCAGAAGGCAACUAAUCCUCUGGGAAACCUUCCCGAGAAGGGUACAAUCAGCAAAGCUCACAGUGAAGAACGGGAAAACUCAAAUGGCGAAGAUCAGGAGGAUAGGAAGGGAUACAAUGAGAUGGCAGGCGCUGGAGAUGUUUCUGAUGUGGAUCUUGCUGGGAAAAUGUUAGAUACUGCAAGAGUAAUAAUGGAAAAGAGCACAGACAACACUGUGGAGAUAUCAAGAAUCCUUUCUGCUCUCACUGAAGUCUCCAUGGAAAAGAGAAAAAGAGGAAUUAAUUAGAUAAAUCACUCGGUGAAAGUUUUAGCCAUCCUGGAGCAUUUACCUAACUGCAUUCUGUUUGCGGUAUGAAAUUGUCAAUCGUCUGUCAUAUAGCAGUACUAUUUGCAUCCUUCCGGAGGUGGGUCUCUGUGGUUUUAGGGGUACUAAAUUUUCAGUUAGAUACUUGCUGGUAUCUUGUAGAUUUGGUUGGUCUUCCUGUUGCUUAUCCCCCUUAAAUCAGUCCUAGGAGGACUCCUUGCACCUGCUUGGUCUUGGAGCUGUCUCCAUUAUGUAAACCGUGUAUACAGAACCAGAAAAGUGGCAAGGAGGCUCAGAAAUUCCACUUGAGAAGAUGAGAUAAAGAUCAUUACCGACAUCA